CCCGUCUUUACGCCCGGCUUUCGCGUGAGGCUGGAGUCUUUAUUUACAUGGUAACCGUGCCCACUGACUGCCCUUCUCUCGUGGUCUUUUUGUUUCGCACAGUCCGUAGUCUAUGCUUGAAAAAGCCGACAAACCACGACUAAAGGGCGGUGGACAUGAGUGCUCUUCCUUAUUUCUGUCUUCCUUACUUCUGUCUUCCUUUUCCUUCUCCAGAAUCAACAACUUCAUUUUCUUAAUACGACACAUCAUGAGUGCGCUAGUAGCAUCGCAGUACCAGCCGGCAUCGUCUCCCUAUGCAUUUCUAACCAGACGCGACGAUCCGGUUUCUGCCGGUACCGACUUCACGGCCCGUUUAUCUGUGUGGCAACGACCACCAUGUCAAACAAACUACCAAUUAGCUAUUCUAAUCCGCGAAUUUCUUCAGGAAGUCCACACAGGUGUGUGUAGAGCUGGAGGAGCACAAACUCCAACUCUCACGCCAUGGACUGUGACAUCUCUGCCCUUUAACGAAGGCCCGGCGCCACAGCCAAUCCAGGUACGUCGAUCUCCAUGUCCAGUUGAGGCUCUCAGCUCUGCAGUCACUGAAUGUAACCUGCAAGGUUGACAUCUCAUGCCGAACCGCUGAUAUCUGGGGCUUACAAAAUCAACCUCGUGACGACGAAGAGAGACAGCUUUGGGUCCAAAGACUGCUAGAUGAAUUCCUUUUUCAACACUUCCAGGCGUUGGUUGAUCAACCAGACCUCCUUGACAGAGUCUAUU